AUGAUGUACUACUACUCGUCACGAGACCGCGCGGAGGAUCCCGAGAGCACCGACGACAGAUUGCUCGGCCCCAGCGGUGGCGGUGGCGACGAGCCGAACCCAAGCGGUGAUGCUUGGAAGGGAGCUGGGCGACUGGGACUCCAGCUGAUGCAAAUUGGCUACCAGGUCAGUGCCGGCGCGGUUGUCCUGACGGAUGCGGUCUUCUGGGGCCUGAUAGUACCAUUCACGUUGUCAGCUCAUUUCAGUCUCAAUGCAGUGAUGGCCUGCAUACACUCUCUCAACCUUGUGUUCCUACUGACAGAGACUGCACUAAACACCUUGCCCUUCCCUUGGUUCAGAAUCGCAUACUUCGUUCCCUGGACGUGCCUGUACGUGAUCAUCCAGUGGAUCGCCCAUGUCUGUGGUAUGACAUGGUGGCCUUACCCUUUCCUCCGUCCUACAUCAUCCUUGGCACCACUGUGGUAUUUGACCAUGGCAUCGCUUCAUUUCCCAUGCUACCUCGUUUACUGGCUGAUUGUUAAGGCAAAGAGCAGCUGCUUGAUCCACAUGCAGGUUGCAAAUAGGUCCUCACAGGUCUAA